GACAUCCGAAGACAGAAGCACCAUGCUUUCUCUAGCGUUGUUUUACCUCGUCGCUGUGAUUUGUUCUGCAAGACGGACACAUGCUCUACCUCUGUACCCGGAUACCAACCUGGAGCCACAGGCAGAUUUCAUUCAGAAAUUCGUAUCAGAGGUUGAGGACGGGCCCAACGCUGCUGAAGGGGAGCAGAGAGAGGUCAACAAUAUGUAUCCCCUGUUGAUGCAGCGCAACGGAGGCAGAGACUCCUGGAAUAAAGACUCAGCACAACAGGAUAAGUUUGCGAACAUGGUCGCGGAUCUCAAGGAAGCUGUUUUGAAGUUGGCAGCGGCCGACAAACUUCGCUCUCAUUCUUUUCUCAGAUCAGAGCAGAACUUGCCAAAAACAAACAAAAGAGCGUGUUUCUGGAAAUACUGCGUGACCAACUAGAGCACAGCAGCGGCAGGACAUUUGGUGAGAUUUUGGCAAGGCCUGGACGAAAAAUGCCCCCACUCUCCAUCGCCCUUUUUGUUUCGCACCAAGCAUAUUAUUCAUCGCCUAAACUGGAUCAACAAAAAAUAUAUUUUUGAAGUUGUAAAAUGGUCUUUUCUUGUGGCUGAAAAUAAACUUGAAUAUCUGAAGUCUUAUUUAUGUUUAUGCACCUGUUUUUGGUUUUGAUAUGUAAAGGUAAAGAUGUUCAUAAUAUAUAUUGUGUAAGACCUAAAGAAGGAUACUGAAAUUCAAAAUUCAUUAUAGCACUUAUCACAAACACAAAAAUCAAGAAUAUGACAAAUGAUGA